GCACGUCCUAUCCAUACAUUAUCACUUACGACUCUUAAACUACUAAUCGCCCUCACCCAACCUCUUAAAACCACAACAUCUUAGUCGACUCAGCAGCACAUCCACCAAUCUACUCCGUUGCUUCUGAAGCAGCACCGUGCGGUCUCGGGGUUUUCCAUAACAUGGAUGUUUGCGUAUGGCGAUCUCGCAUUGGUGAUUAAUCCCCUGGGAACCGCUUGUCGUUCUCGUACAACUCACCCAAAUAUUGUCGACCUGCCCGCCACACAUUUCUAUUCCACGAACGACGUUCUUUAUACUACCCCGCCACACUACUUUAUCGUAGCCUGCCAUGGGAUUCCUGGGCGUCUACAAGGCCAUAUACGAUUAUGCGCCACAGUCGGAAGGGGAGCUUUCGAUAAAUGAAGGCGAUGUGCUCUAUGUCUUGGACAAGAGCGCUGAAGACGACUGGUGGAGGGCCAAAAAGAAGGCAAGCGCUGACGACGACGACGAACCAGUUGGCCUGAUACCCAACAACUACAUAGAAGAGGCGCAACCCGUAGGCCAAGCUCGUGCCUUGUACGAAUAUACUCGACAGACCGACGAGGAGCUGUCAUUCCCCGAAGAUGCCCAGUUAGAAGUUUUCGACACAUCGGACCCUGAUUGGAUUUUGGUUGGGCAUGAAAAGGAAUAUGGAUUUGUCCCUGCAAAUUACAUCGAGAUCAAUGCCGCUUCAAUCACCGAGCAAAAGACUGAGCCUCCACCUGUACCUGAUACUGAGGUUGAGCCCGAGCCUGAACCCGUACGGAUUCUAGCCCCUCCAUCCCUUCCCUCAAGGCCCGCGGCUCCCGUUGAACCGAGCCCGCCCCAAAGCCCGCCUCUUCCGGACAGAGCCCCAUCGGCGAGUUCUAGCACGGCUCCGGCAACCCCGGCAACCUCAGCAACGCCAACGGGUCCUGCUGCUGCGCUAGCAGGUAUUAUGCAAGGCAGAAGUUCAACCCGCGCGGCAACACCUCCUCCAGUUACUCUACCACCUCGUCAACAAUACAUCUCAGAGGAAUCCGAUGGUGAACAAAGUCCUGCUCUUCCCGUACGACCACAGUCCCAAUCGAUGAUGUCGAAUGAUCAAACCGCAAGGUCGGCGCUUCCCCAGCGGACUUCCAGUCGCCGCGAUUACAGCCACGAUGACGAGUCCAACCCAUCUCAGUCGAGUCGUAUUGCACCAGGUGGGUUCCACAUGUAUAACAUUAACGAGAUGGUUUCUGUGAUGGGCAAAAAAAAGAAGAUGCCGACAACACUAGGCGUGAACUUGAAAACCGGGAUUAUCCUCAUUGCUCCGGAGCGUGCCUCAGACGGCCCAACUCAAGAAUGGACCGCGGAUAAGAUGACACAUUACUCCCGGGAGGGUAAGCACGUGUUUCUGGAACUCGUUCGGCCAAGCAAGAGCAUAGAUUUCCACGCAGGCGCUAAAGACACUGCGGAGGAAAUCGUCAGCGCUCUCGGUGAGUUGGCUGGGGCCGUUCGUGCAGAAGGUUUACGAGAAGUUAUUAUGGCCGGGACUGGCCAGGGCCCUCAGAAGAGAGGUCAGAUUCUGUAUGACUUCAUGGCCCAGGGAGAUGACGAGGUCACAGUUGCAGCCGGAGACGAAGUUUUCAUCGUCGACGAUACCAAGAGUGAAGAAUGGUGGCAAGUUCGGCGCCUAAAGAAUGGGAAGGAAGGAGUCGUUCCAAGUAGUUACAUCGAAGUAACCGAGACGAUAACGUUGGCCACAUCAUCCGGUAUCAAUGCCGGCAAGUCUACGGUAGCACAGAACCGAUUGGAAGAGCAGCGCUUGACGAAAGAAGCAGUCAAGAAGGACCAAAGAGCAGCAGAGCGAAACCGACGCGAAAACGGCCGAUCCGAAAGCGGGCGCUCUGGCUCAUCCAAGCCUAAACCAGAUCCGACCAAAGUACGAACUUGGACAGACCGAUCCAAGUCCUUCAGUGUCGAAGCACAAUUUCUAGGACUUAAGGACGGAAAGAUUAACCUACACAAGAUGAACGGUGUCAAGAUUGCUGUUCCUAUAGCCAAAAUGGCAAUCGAAGACAUUGAGUAUGUCGAGCGUGUUAUGGGAGUAUCUCUUGACGAGGACAAGCCUCUAUCAGAAGUCAAGCGUGCAAAAUCCAAAGCUGCGUCGAAUAGCAGAGUAGGUGCCUCGAUCGAACCGGCCAAGCCUGACUACGAUUGGUUUCAAUUCUUCCUAUCUUGCGACGUUGCUGUUGGCCUCUGUGAACGUUAUGCCCAAGCUUUUGCGAAGGAUUCUAUGGAUGAGAGCGUUUUGCCGGACGUGGACGCCAGUGUUCUCCGCAAUCUUGGCCUACGGGAGGGUGAUAUUAUCAAGGUAAUGCGUUUCUUGGACAAGAAAUUUGGUCGUGAUGGUAAGAAGAGAAAUGUCAGUUUUGCUGGGGAGGACGAUGGAGAUGGAGGCUCCGGUGGCCUCUUUUCGGGACCGGGUGGGACGCUCCGAAAUAACACGCGGAAAGGUCGUCCCGCUCCGGCUGUUCAGACGAAUGACAGCAUAGAUCCCAAAGCCUUUUCAGCGCAAAAGGACAGUAGCGCCCAAAGCUCGGAAACAUCCUCGCCUGCUACGGCGCGCGCCAGGGCUGCGGAGAAGAGCAACAACGGGUUCGAUGACGAUGCCUGGGAUGUGAAGCCGGCAAGACAGCCGGAGCCCGAAACGAAACCAACGCCUGCGCCGGAACCAAAUCCAGCAACGUCAACUCAACCUCAGCGACCACCAACGCAGGCCAUGCAAGACCUUUCUUUACUAACAGCUCCGCUUGAGCCGACCAAGGUGCAACCAUCCAUCCCAUCGCCUUCAGUAUCCCAGCCACCGCCACUGCAAGCUCAACCACCACAGGCUCAGUCCCAAGCUCAGGCUCAACCUCAAGGCGCGACACCGUCUUUCUUUACAGGCAUUCCUCCCCAGCAAACAGGAAUCCUGCCCACGGCAACUGGAGCGACUGCGCCCAGCCAACCUCUCAACCUUGGCCUUGGCAACCGGCAAAGACCUUUGCCACCACAAGCAACUGGGAUCCAAGGUGCUUUAAUGCCACCGCCGCCACCAUCUCGACCGUUGUCAGCGCCGCAGUCUGCACAGCCUAGCGGGUUCGCGCCUCCCCCGCUGCAACCUCAGAUGACGGGCAUCGCACCUCCAGGGCAAAGCCUCCACGAGCUCAACCAACUACGGAUGCAGCAACCGUAUAUGGGCAGCUUCCAGCCACAGCCGACGGGCCAGAACAUAAUGCCGUUCAAUACGGGUACCGGCAUACCGUCCCAAACUGGAUUUGGACCUGGACCUGGUCAAUUCAUGCAACCGCAGAUGACGGGAAUUCCCCAGACACAAAGCCCAUUUGCGGACCCCCGGCCCCAACAAUUUUCCACGAUUCAGAACCAACCCACCGGCUUCACGGGAGGCUUUCAACCGGGUCAGCAAUUUCCACAGCCGACUGGAAUCAACUCCUUCCUACCCCCAGCCUUGGAGCCUCAGCGAACAGGUAUGGCACCCAUGCAACCUCAAGCUACUGGUUUUGGUGGUUAUGGUCAGACUUUCAACCCUGGAAUGAACAACGGGGCUGCCCAGCAGCCUCCUGCAGCCCCCCUUCAACCUCAAAAGACGGGACCUCCACCCCCGGUACGCUUUGGUGUUACAGACAAGAUUGCUCCUCAGCCAACUGGACGUCGUGCAAAUCUGGCACAAGCGACGCCGCAGAAUCCUUUUGGGUUUUAAAGGCCCCUCGCAAGGACGGUAUAGUAAAUAGACAAACGCCUGUAUCAAACUGAUGUAAUUUGCGCCAGUCAAGUUGGACACGAGUGGAGGGCUUAAUGGGUUAGAAUAUUGACGUCUAUCUCCUUUUCCCCUCUUCCCCUCCCCCUUUCCCUUUGCACGAUACCCACGUGUCGCCGCUGUCUCCUCCGCUAUUGUCACUCUAGCCUCCGUCCUAAAAUGAAAUGUACCUACCUGAGAGUUUCGAAGCUAUCUAGUCUUUUCCGACACGGAUCAUCCUCUAAGCGUCGUAGUAGAAGUCUUGCUUUUACGUGAUUAAAUACUAUAUUACAUUUGAAGGGAGUGGGAAGAAUAGGCCACACCAAAGAAGCCAGAGAUGUAGAAGUUGCUCGGAUACAGUAACUUAUCAGAAUGUAUUGCCACACUAUAUAUUAUUGUUAUAUAUGUUCCAUAUAAUAUACUUACUCGGUAUUCAUAUUAGCAUACAGCUCCCUCCACCUACCAACCUUGAAAUAGU